AGGGGUGCAAAGGAUGCAAUGCCUAGAAAGGUGUAUAUAUGCCCUGAGGUCACCUGCAUCAACCACCAACCUUCUCAUGCCUUGGGAGAUUUCGGUGGUCUCAAGAAACAUUAUUUAAGGAAACACAGUAACGACAAAAAACACAAGUGCGACAACUGCUCCAAGACUUACGCAGUUGAGUCCGAUUUGAGAGCACAUUUAAAAAAUUGCAGCACAAAAAGGUACAUUUGUCAAUGUGGCGCCCGAUUCUCGAGUUCUCACAGAUUCGGUCAUCACCAGGAUUAUUGUGAUGCACAAGUGCUUGAGGAUGCAUCAAUUUAUGGAAAUAACAACACCACCAAUUCUAUCAGCUCAACUACAUCAUAUCUACCAUCAUCCUACAUGGGAGACAACUCAAUAGGAAGCACUACCAAUAUCAACAACAAUAGCCUUAUUGGGUCAACUACAUCAUAUUUACCAAUUUCUGCCAUGGGAAGCAACAACAACAUCAACAACCUAAUAGACUCAACUAUGUCACAUCUACAAACGUUCAACAGUCACAUAGGAUUCACUACACCACAUCUAGGUCCUCAGAUUUCCUCCAGCCAGAACCAGACCAGCCAGUCUCGAUUGUCUCCUAUAAUAACUGAGCAUGGGAGCCUUACGAAUGACCCAUCAUGGGGAUUAAACAUGGCAAGGAUUCCUUAUAAUAUCUCUUCUCUUUCAUCAACUCCACAAAACCAACAUGAAUUUCAGGAAAAAACUGGGAUGGGGUAUUACACAAAUCUAAUGAAUAUCGAUUAUAGCAAUGUGAACCAUGAGAAUACCAGCUUUAUGGGAGAUGUUAGCCAUUAUGGAAGUGUGGAAGGAUCGAACUUAUAUUCAGGUCCAGGCUCUUCCUCCAGUGAAUUUCAAGGGUUUAACAUGCUUCCUUUUGGUACACCUAAUCUUGUUGCAAACAUGGAUCUGUAUGGCUCAGCUUCUGGAAACAGUAACGCUUCUAACAUGGUGCAACCAUAUGCAAUGUCUUCCUCUAGUUAUGGUGGAUAUAUCAUCCCACAAGAGCACAAUUCUCUCUUUGACAACCAGCACUUCGGCAUUGCAGAAAACAGUGGAUUUCAUGAUAUCAUGAACACACUCCAUAAUCCGGUAACUGGCAGAGGUGUUGAAUUCUCUACUAUCAACGAGAAUGUUGGUAGUAGCUACAACCAAGGGAAUUACAGUGGUUAUGUCGAUGGUAGUGGAUACAUCAACUAUGGAGCUGAAAGAGAAGUUUGGAACUCCGGAACAUUAGGAGCAGUAGCCCCAGCAGAUGAAAAUCAGUACUGGAAUCAACAUGGAUUUGGGUUUUGAAUGAUCCACUGGGUUCAUGUUAACCUUCAGUACUGUUGGAUUUCAUGGGUAUUAUGCAAGAAGAAUAAAGCAAGUGGGUAUAGUGUUUUCGGUUUCUAGUUAAGUUGCUUCACAACUUUUUAUAUAUAUGAAUGAAAUGCUCAAGAUGUUUAUAUUGGUUUUUAGAAUGAUACUUGAACUUAUUAGGAGAGGGCGUGUUGAUACUUUUGUUUUGGUGUGUUGAUACUUUUGUUGAAUGAUUACUGCUCACUUGCUUCAGAGAUAUCUUAAUUUUAGUUUUUAAUUUAAACAAA